AAGAAAAAUAAUAAAAAUUUUAGUCUAAUAAAAAAAUAAAAAAUAUGAAAUCAAAUAAUAUUAAUACUGAAAAUAGAAACUCAUAAAAAUAAUAAUUUUAUGUAAAAUAAGUAAAAGAUUAUAUAACUAGCAAAAUAAAAAAAAAAUAAUCGAUAGAAUUACAAUAAGACUAUAAAGAAUUAAAAAGCUAAUUAUAAAAUAGUAAUAAAAUAUAAAGUUUUCCAUUACUGCCUUAAAAAAAACAUUCAAUGUAAAUAUUAAAAGAAAAUUUGAAUAAAAACAAUGAAGAACAAAAUGAAAAAAUAGAAUAAAAAAAUGUUCGAUAUGAUCCUCAAGAUAUACUAGUUGCAAUAGCUUCUGAAAACGGAACAAUUCAAAUUAUUUUUGAAUAUAAGGGAUAAAUAGCAUAUAAUUUAUAAGAUCCAAGUUUAAAGUAAGCUCCAGUAACAUGUGUAAGAUGGAAUCCUGAUUCACUUAUAAAAAACAUGUUAUUAUCAACUUAUUCUGAUGGAAAAACAUUAUAUUGGAAUGUUUAGAAUUAAAAAAUAGUUCAUAUGUUUGAGGAAAAAGGAAAUGAUUUAAAUACUUGUGAUUUUAAUUUAGAUGGAAGUAAAUUUAUUACAGGAGGAUUGGAUACUAAAGUAAGACUUUAUGAUUUGGAAACACAAUAAUGUUAAAUUUUAUAAGCUGGAAUAUGUUCAGGCCAUAAAAAUAGGAUAUAUGCUUCUAAAUUUUCUACAGAGAAUAUUCUUUUAACAGCUGGAUGGGAUUAAAGUGUAUUAAUGUGGGAUAUACGAAGGUCAUGGAGAGAAGAUAAGUAAUUAUAAUUAUGGGAUAUUAGAUAAACUAAGAAAUGUAUUGAUAUUAUUUUAGAUAUUGAAAAAUCAUUUAUUUAUUGUUGUUAGUUUUCUAAAUCUGAUGAUAAUUAUAUUAUUGCAGGAAGUUCUGGAACUAAUUUAAUUUUAUUAUUUGAUAGAGAAUGUAAUAAUAAAUGUGUUGAUGUAUUACACUAAAAUAUUAACAAAGGGAUUUUUUCUAUUGAUUGGGCAAAUUACAGAAAUAGUGCUAGCUAUGGAACUUCUGAUGGAAAAUGGGGAAGUAUGGAAAUAAUUUGA